AUGGAGUCACCAAGUUUGAGUUUGCUAAAAUUUCUUUCACUACUGAUUUUAUCAUUGUUUCUUGAAACUGUUAUUCAUUCUGAAGGUUUUGAGAUCAAAGGGGAUUCUUCUUUUGGCUUGAACUCCCAAAAAUCUCCUAUUUUCAUAUCAAAUCCAUCUAUUCCAUUGAUUUUUGGGCUCAAAAGGCUUGUCCCAAGUGGCCCAAAUGACGCAGAGUCACCUGGAGGGCCUCCAUUGAUUUUUAGGCGUAAAAGACUUGUUCCAUCUGGCCCAAAUCCUAAAGAAUCUACUAAAGAACCGCCAUCAAGUUUUGGGCUUAAAAGGGGUGUUCCAACUAGCCCAAAUCCUGUAGAAUUUCCUGAUAAGCCUCCAUUAAGUUUUGGGCUUAAAAGGCGUGUUCCAACUGGCCCAAAUCAUGCAGAGUCUCCUAAUAAGCCUCCAUCAAGUUUUGGGCUUAAAAGGCGUGUUCCAACUGGCCCAAAUCAUGCAGAGUCUCCUGAUAAGCCUCCAUCAAGUUUUGGGCUUAAAAGGCGUGUUCCAACUGGCCCAAAUCAUGCAGAGUCUCCUGAUAAGCCUCCAUCAAGUUUUGGGCUUAAAAGGCGUGUUCCAACUGGCCCAAAUCAUGCAGAGUCUCCUGAUAAGCCUCCAUUAAGUUUUGAGCUUAAAAGGCGUGUUCCAACUGGCCCAAAUCAUGCAGAAUCUCCUGAUAAGCCUCCAUCAAGUGUUGGGCUCAAAUCCUACAGAAUCUCCUGA